CACACCGCCAGCGAGAGAGCGGCGGAGCGGGACUCAGGCUGGAGCGAAAAUGUGAAGGUGGACUCCGACUGAGCAGCAUUGUGUUGCAACUGAUACCUGUUUCUGUGAAGAAGAAAAAUACAUUUAAAAAAAAAAAAGAAACACCGGCAAUAUUCUCUCAGAGCAAAAAACCGAAGCUUUAUUUUGGAUUUUGUCAUCACUGGAAAUACCCUCGCUUUUUUUUAUUUUUUUUAUUUUCUUACACAUUUUGUUGUACCCUCCUUUCUGGCUCUGUCCACCUUGUCAGCUUUGAGGCAGAUCAGAGUGAGGAGCAUCGUUCCCCUCCACUGGAUGUACCGUUUGUUUACACCGCGCAAUUCCGAGGGAAUAAACUGACCCGUGACGAUCUCCACUCGCUCCAUGGGAUCGUUCUCGACGGAGACGCUUUGUUUGGAGUGAGAACAACAGUGGGUUCAUCAUGAGUUCCAGUGCUUAUCACCAGAGAUCUGCAAAAGGUGAACGAAGUUCUGGACUAAUCCGGUGCCAGCGAUGUCGAGAAGUAUGCAAAGGAGAGGUGGUGCGAGUACAAGAAACCCACUUCCACGUCAAGUGUUUCACCUGCACCGUGUGUAACUGUGAUCUGGCCCGAUCCGGCUUCUUCCAGAAGAAGGGCGAGUACAUCUGCACGGCCGACUACCAGCGUCUGUACGGCACGCGCUGCGACCGCUGUGACAGCUUCAUCACGGGAGAGGUGGUCUCCGCCCUGGGACGCACGUACCACCCCAAGUGCUUUGUCUGCAGUGUCUGCAGUAAACCCUUCCCCAUCGGAGACAGAGUGACGUUCAGCGGGAAGGACUGCGUGUGCCAGCAGUGCUCCGGCACCCUCGUCAAGCCAAAUGAGCCCAUCAAGAUCCACGGGCCCAGCCACUGCGCUGGGUGUAGAGCCGAGAUCAAGCAGGGCCAGUCCCUCCUGGCGCUGGAGAAGCAGUGGCACGUCAGCUGCUUCAGGUGUCGGACCUGCAACAUGGUCCUCACGGAAGAGUACAUCAGCAAGGACGGAGUGCCGUACUGUGAGGCAGAUUACCACGCCCAGUACGGGGUGAAGUGUGAGACCUGCAGCAGAUACAUCAGUGGGAGGGUUCUGGAGGCGGGUGGGAAACACUACCAUCCGACCUGCGCUCGAUGCUCCCGCUGUAGCAUGACGUUCAAAGAGGGAGAGGAAAUGUACCUGACGGGAUGUGAGGUGUGGCACCCAUUAUGCAAGCAGGCAGCGAGGGCCGAGAGGAGACUCAGGCAUAGACGUCUGUCGGAGGCUUCCCUCUCCCCACCGGGCUCCUCCAUAGGCUCCCCCAGUAGGGUUAUAUGCGCCAGAGUGGGGAAUCAGUUCCUAGAUUAUAAGGACCUAGCUGCCCUGCCAAAGGUCAAGGCCAUAUAUGAGGUCCAACAGCCAGACCUCAUAUCCUCCUCAUACCAGCCGUACCAGAGAUACACCUCUGAUGACAGGCUAGAAUCUUACAGCUAUGGGGAGUCACUCGGGACACUCUCUCCCUAUUCUCAGGACUACGACAGCCUGGAUAUAAAGCAGAGGCGGUGCUCCAGUCCAGGUUAUAUUGACUCGCCGACAUACAGUCGUCAAGGCAUGUCACCCAUCAUGCCUCGCUCUCCGCAGCAUUACGCCUACCCUGGCUCUGAGAGCGGCAGGAGUUCACCUUGUUACGGCCAAGAGGGGCGCUCGAGCACACCCACCACAAUCCAGCCCCCUAAACAUUUUCAUGUACCAGCCACAGAGGAACCCAAUCUCUACAAGAAGCCCCCCAUCUAUACGAGAACGGACAAUCAUGUGGACGCAGCCACCAAAAGCAGGACCAGCGAGGACAUCAUCAGAUCCUCCCGGCUGUCCACCUACUCUCCGGAGCCGUACGCCCAGUCGGAGUCGGACUACUACCCUUACACCAGCUCCCCCAGGGCCUAUCGGGUGCCGAGGAGACGCUUUUCGACAGGGGGAGAUGAAGAGAGUUGGAGUCACGGUCUUCAAAGAAUCGGGAGUGGCAUUGGGAGGCUGAUCCUAAAGGAGGAGAUGAAAGCCAGAUCUGGCUCCUAUGACAACGACCCCUGGGGCAGUGCUAGGAAUUCUCGUUGUGGGAGCAAGGAAACGCUCAACACUACAGGCUACGGCACCACGGCGUACAACAACACUGUCAACGGAUCUCCAAGAUCUCAGUACAGCGCUGAUAGUGAUUUUGCUUGUAAGACCGCUUCGCUUCCAGGAUACGGACGGAACGGCAUCCAGAGGCCUCAGAGUGCUGAUUGCUACCAGUACCAGUAUGAUAGUGGCAGUGAGGUCAAUUGGGGAAGCAGAGCAGAAUACAAGAUUUACCCCUAUGAGGCGCUCAUUGUCACCACUAGAGGUCGCAUCAGGCUGCCCAAAGAUGCAGACAGAGCCAGACUGGAGCGUCACUUGUCCCCAGAGGAGUUCCUGCAAGUGUUUGGCAUGACUGUGGAAGAUUUUGACCGGCUGGCUCUGUGGAAAAGAAAUGAGCUGAAGAAACAGGCACGACUGUUUUAACAACUUGUGGAAGUCUGUUGAAUACUGCCAUAACUACAUUAAGAGACUCCCUUGGGUUGUAGGAGGGGAAGAAAGAGAUAUUAAGACUUCUGCUUUGUUUCACUGCCAUGGCUGAGAACCUGUUCUAGAUUUUCCUCAUAUGACAAACCAAAUUCCAAUCCCACCAGAGACACAGAGGGAAGGCCACAGAGUUUUUUUUUUUUUUUUCCAAGCCUGAAUGAUGGAGGAAGACACUGUGGGGAUGUCCAUGACCCGAGGCGCGGUACUAAAACAUAAAGAGGAGAAUUUUUGUUUUGCCUUAUUUGUUAUGCUCUCUUAGUUAUGAGUGUGCAGCACCAGCAAUCUGAAUGAGUAGAAUGUAGAUACUGUAUAUUCUUUAUGACACUUUAUCAGUGUGAAUGAUUAGAUGAGAAGGAGCGGGUGAGCGUACAGCAUCACUUUGCUUUGGUUUAUCGGGAUGCAUUUUGUUUACCUUUUCCCAACUUUUGCUCUGUCACUUGAAAUAAUGUGUCCCUCUGGUUUACACUUAUAUAGAAUGGAACAUGGAACAAUCGGAGGUGGGCAUAAUUUUUUUAUUAUUGUAAGCGUGACCUUUGAUUUGUGUGCAAAUUAAAACCAAAGUGAGAAUGCAGAUGUAAAGAUUAGCAGAUCACUUCUAUGUAAUGUUCUGGUUGAGUAGUUAAAGGUCACCAAUAGAUGCAGUUACCUGUGCAGCUGUAUAGCAACCUACAAUAAUGUGCAAUUCAAUAGAUUAAAUAGAUAAUUGAAACAAAGAUUCAGUCCUCCUGCUCCGUGUUUUAUUGCAAUGGUAUAAUGACAAAAUGUUUUAGGAGGAGCUGUGGUCAUCCCAACAUUGACGCCCACUGUUAAUCAUUAUUCAAUCAUUUUGUAGAUGGAUUCAAGGUAUUUAGGAUACUGACCAAGACUUCCUUUGAAUACUUUUUGUCAUUUUGUCACUAAAAAUUCAAAUGAAAUAAAUUCAGUCUCU